AUGAAGCUAACAGCCUUCUCUACUUUCUGUUUUUGGCUGGCUCUCUUUUUGGCUGGCUUCCUUGGCAUAUGCAUUACUGACAGUUUUAUGGGAAAUCAGAAGAACCAUACACUAAUUUUCACCAAGGAAAGCAAUAUUCGCAACUGCAGUUGCUUGGCAGAUAUCCGUGACUGUGACUACAGCCUGGCAAACCUGUUAUGCAAUUGCAGAACAGUGCUGCCUUCUACCAUGGAAAAAACUGACUACAAUAGCGACCUGACAAUUUGGUUCACAGACACCUCUGUGCUGGAGAUGCUCCUCAACUUCACAAUGGUGUGGGAUUUGAAGCUCUCUUUCUGUGGCACUACUCCUCUACCAACAGAAUACUUGACCAUUUGGGGAUUGAGAAAGCUGCGGGUAAAAAAUAAGGUUAAGGGACAAUUUCCAGAGCAAAGCGUAACCAUCUACAGUAGCAGCAAGAAUGAAAAAGAUGAUCUACUCACAAUGCACAACAAAGACAGGCAAAUGUUAGUAUAUAUUUCUUUUCUGGAUACCUCUCUUUUCAAUGGAUAUUCUUUGCUGAAGUCGUACAGUGUGGAAAAUGUCUCUAGCAUCACGGAGCACUUUCACAACCUGCUGUACUCCAGUGUUUUCUCAACCUCAGAUAACAAAAGCUAUGUUGUAACAUUCAUUUACUGAGUUCUCUAGCACCGUCAGCCAAAGGCAUGGCAAACUGCUGAGAGAGAGAUGGGCCUGUUUGGUUUGGCCCGAAGGAGCCAUUAUGGGAUGAAAAGUUUUGACUGUGUACUCUACAAGCAGGCAUUUGAAGUAAUACAGACUCAUCUGACUAACUCAAUAAACACUUCCUUAAAGAACAAAGAACACAUGAAACAAGGUGAAAGGAUC